GCAGGGAGGAAGAUUGCAACGUUUGGACAGUGUCUCCCUCACCAUAAUCACAGGAUUUUACCGCUCCUCUGUUUUAUCUUACUUUGUUUCGUUAUCUGAGAAUCGAAUAGGGGGAAGAGCCAAGAUCAUCUUCUCAUUAUGUUAUAAGCCGAAGCUUUGUGGAUCAGAGACUGGCCGAGGGGGGAGGGGGGAAGGGGGACAAUUGGCUUGUUUCGCGCCCAACGCUUAUCAAUCAGCCAAUUUACAACCAUUCUGUUUUGGAGGGGUCUUUUCAGCGCCCGUUUUGGAGGAUGCAGGGUGAGAAGCCAAAAGCAAAGAUUCCGGAUGCCGGCUACAUCUUCUUGGGGUGAAUAGGAGGGUUAUCGAUGCCAUUUCAGCAGCAGUAGAACCGGCUGGUGCGCUCUAGCUGCCUCUCACCGACCGAAAGUAGCCUUUGUGCAUGUUCCAAAACUAAGAGAAAUAUAAUAACAAAUGGUUAUUUGAUUUCUGAAUCACCAUCAACUGUUUUGGAAGAAAAUCUAUAUCAUAAAAGAAAGGAAACCGUCUGACCGAAUAAAAAUAAAUAAGACUGAGGAUUUCGGAUUUAGGGGCGACAGAGAAGUGGACCAAUACACAACGAUUAUAUAUGUUUUUCCGGCUGGCUAUUAUAGCUUGCUGGUAGGAUAUGACAACGACAUAAUUGGUUAAGGUUUACAAUGUGUCAUUUCAUAUUCACAAUUGUUAAUGGUCAGUCCGUGUAUUACAUCACUCAGCCCUAAUUUAUAGCUUGAUAAAUUAAAAUCCGGCCUGAAAUCUGAUUUAGCGGUAUUGUAGCCUAUCGAGGCCUAAAGAACAAUUUGGCCACAUCAUGGUUAUUGCAAUGCGGCAUGGAGCCCAUCUAAUAUGGGUAUGCCUUCUCGUCUGCUGUAUGGUAGACAUAGGGGCCUCUAUGGAGUUUACAGGUGCAGAGGGCCAGUGGGCCAGGUUUCCAAUGUGGAAUGCAUGUUGUGAGAGUGAAAUGAGCUUCAACAUGAAAACUAAGAGUUCCCACGGGCUGUUAGUGUACUUCGAUGACGAGGGAUUCUGUGACUUUUUAGAACUCCUAAUACACAACGGUAAACUCAGUCUUCGAUUCUCCAUCUUCUGCGCUGAGCCUGCAAUGGUUCUAACCAACACCACGGUGAACGACAGCCAGUGGCACACGGUGACAAUAAAGAGAAACUUUAAAAACACGACGCUAAUGGUGGACAAAGAGGUGAAAUGGGUCGAAGUGAAGUCGAAAAGAAAGGAUAUGACUGUCUUCAGCUACCUGUUCCUUGGGGGGAUACCGCCGGAAUUACGCUCUGUGGCUUUACGGUUAACGCUGGCUGCUGUCAAGGACCAGGUGCCUUUUACCGGAUGGAUAACGGACGUAAAGGUCAACAAGACAGAUUCGGCUCUCCUAAACAGCGCGGGGGUCAUUAACGACCUCUGCAGUGCGGCGGCCAACAUGUGUUUAAACGGAGGGGUCUGUAAUGUCAUUAACCACGAACCCAAGUGCGACUGCUCGCAGACUGGAUACCAGGGCAAGGACUGCAGCGACGAAGACAACCGUGUUGAAGGUCUGGCACACUUGAUGAUGGGCGACCAAGGGCUCAGGGAAAGAGAAGGUUGGCUUCGAAGGUCCCUACUGAGCAUUCCAGGAAAAGAAGACUACGUGGCGACCUUCAAGGGAUCUGAGUUCUUCUGCUACGACUUGUCCUUGAACCCGAUCCAGAGCAGCAGCGACGAGAUCACCCUGUCCUUCAAGACGUUACAGAGGAACGGUCUGAUGCUUCACACGGGGAAGUCUGCAGACUACGUCAACCUGGCCCUGAAAAACGGAGCUGUAUCGCUGGUCAUUAAUUUGGGAUCUGGAGCCUUUGAAGCUCUGGUGGAACCAGUCAAUGGGAAAUUCAAUGACAAUGAUUGGCAUGAUGUCAAAGUUACAAGGAACCUACGUCAGCACUCAGGCAUUGGACACGCUAUGGUAACUAUAUCCGUGGAUGGGAUACUGACCACCACAGGGUAUACUCAAGAAGACUACACCAUGCUAGGCUCCGACGACUUUUUCUAUGUUGGCGGGAGUCCUAGCACGGCUGACCUGCCUGGAUCACCUGUUAGCAACAACUUUAUGGGUUGUCUGAAAGAGGUCGUGUACAAAAACAACGAUGUGCGACUCGAGCUGUCCAGGAUGGCCAAACUGGGUGAUGCCAAGAUGAAGGUUCAUGGCAUUGUGGCUUUCAAAUGUGAGAACGUGGCAACCCUUGACCCCAUCACCUUCGAGACCCCCGAGUCCUACAUAACUCUCAACAAAUGGAACGCCAAGAAGACAGGCUCCAUCUCCUUUGACUUCCGUACCACAGAGCCCAGCGGGCUUCUCCUCUUCAGCCACGGCAAGCCCAAACAGGCCCCCAAGGAUUCCAAGAGCCCCCUGACAUUGAAGGUGGACUUCUUUGCCAUCGAGAUGCUGGACGGACACCUGUAUUUACUGCUGGAUAUGGGGUCCGGGACCACCAAGACCAGGGCCGUCAACAAGAAGGUCAACGAUGGGGAGUGGUACCACGUAGACUUCCAACGGGACGGGCGAUCAGGUACCAUCUCCAUCAACACCCAGCGCCAGGCCUACACGGCCCCAGGAGAGAGUGAGAUCCUUGAUCUGGAUGAUAACCUGUACCUUGGAGGACUACCAGAGAAUAAACUAGGCAUGGUCUUCCCUACAGAGGUCUGGACAGCUCUCCUAAACUAUGGCUACGUGGGCUGCAUCCGGGACCUGUUCAUCGAUGGCCAGAGUAAAGAUGUCCGCCGCAUGGCCGAGGUUCAGAAGGCUGCAGGGGUCAAACCAUCCUGUUCUAAAGAACCGCCCAAGCAGUGCCUGUCAAAUCCCUGCCAGAAUAACGGGGUCUGUCGGGAGGGAUGGAACCGUUACGUCUGUGACUGCUCGGGGACGGGAUACCUGGGCCGCUCCUGUGAGAGGGAUGCGACCAUCCUGAGUUAUGACGGCAGUAAGUUCAUGAAGAUCCAGAUGCCGGUGGUGAUGCAGACGGAGGCUGAAGACGUGUCGCUGCGGUUCCGUUCUCAACGGGCAUACGGUGUGCUGAUGGCCACAACUUCACGUGACAGCGCAGACACACUGCGCCUGGAGCUGGAGACUGGCCGUGUCCGCCUCACAGUCAACCUAGACUGUAUCAAGAUUAACUGUACUACCAGCAAGGGUCCGGAGACCAUUUUUGCUGGUCAGAACCUGAACGAUAACGAGUGGCACACGGUGCGUGUGUUCAGGAGGGGAAAGAGUUUGAAACUCACCGUAGAUGAUCUUCAACCUGUAGAAGGUCAAAUGGCAGGUGACCACACCCAGUUAGAGUUCCACAACAUUGAGACGGGCAUCGUGACGGAGAAGAGGUUCCUUUCACUGGUGCCCUCUAACUUCAUAGGCCACCUGCAGAGCCUCUCCUUCAACGGCAUGGCCUAUAUAGACCUGUGUAAGAAUGGUGACAUUGACUACUGUGAGCUCAAUGCCAUGAUUGGCUUCAAGAACAUCAUUGCCGACCCUGUCACGUUCAAGUCUCGGUUGAGCUACGUUGCUCUGACCACUCUCCAGGCCUACUACUCUAUGCACCUGUUCUUCCAGUUCAAGACCACCUCAUCAGAUGGACUCAUACUGUUCAACAGCGGGGAUGGAAACGACUUCAUUGUGGUCGAGCUGGUCAAGGGCUACCUGCACUACGUAUCAGACCUGGGGAAUGGAGCUCACCUGAUCAAGGGAAACUCCAACAAGCCUCUGAAUGAUAACCACUGGCACAACGUCAUGAUCUCACGAGACACUAACAACCUCCACACCGUCAAGAUCGACACCAAGAUCACCACCCAGACCACAAUGGGAGCCAAGAACCUGGACCUGAAGGGCGACCUGUAUAUAGGUGGCGUGGCCAAAGAGACGUACAAGGAGCUUCCCAAAUUAGUUCACGCCAAGGAAGGCUUCCAGGGUUGCCUAGCAUCGGUGGACCUUAACGGACGCCUCCCGGACCUGAUGUCAGAUGCCCUGGCAUGUGUGGGCCAGAUAGAGAGGGGCUGCGAAGGCCCCAGUACAACAUGCCAGGAGGACUCAUGUGCCAAUCAGGGUGUGUGCCUGCAGCAGUGGGAGGGGUUCAACUGUGACUGUAGCAUGACAUCUUUCGGAGGGCCACUCUGCAACGACGCUGGAACUACGUAUAUAUUUGGCCGUGACGGUGGACUAAUCACGUAUACAUGGCCUCCCAAUGACAGGCCCAGCACGCGGGCAGACAGGCUGGCCAUAGGUUUCAGCACACAGCUAGAGGAUGCUGUUCUGGUGAGGGUGGACAGCUCAUCUGGCCUUGGAGACUACCUGAAGCUACACAUUGAAAAAGGAAACAUUGCAGUUAUAUUUAAUGUUGGAACGGACGACAUAAAUAUCGAGGAGACAGCAAAGUUUGUAAAUGAUGGAAAGUACCAUAUAGUGAAGUUUACGCGGAGUGGCGGUAACGCCACACUACAGGUGGAUGACCUACCUGUCAUAGAGCGCUAUCCCACAGGCAACAAUGAUAACGAACGCCUGGCGAUUGCUAGACAGCGAAUCCCAUAUCGACUUGGUCGAGUAGUUGACGAAUGGCUACUCGACAAAGGUCGGCAGCUCACUAUCUUCAACAGCCAGACCACCAUACAGAUAGGUGGCUGGGACAGGGACAGGAGUCGCUCGUUUCAGGGCCAGCUCUCAGGCCUCUACUAUAACGGGCUGAAGGUGUUCAACAUGGCCACUGAAGGAGAUCCUAACAUCCGCAUCCAGGGGAGCGUGAGACUGGUGGGAGAGUCACCCUCUUCCAUCACGCCACAGUCCAGUGCCAACACGGGCAACCGGUCGGAGACGUCCACCUCCAUUAUGGAGAUCACCACGACGACGGCAUCCAGUAGGAAAGUGAAGCAGACGACGCCACGGGAACCUCAUCAGACGACGGACGAUCUGCCGGUGGCAUCUGCGGAGUGUCCGAGCGAUGACGAGGACAUUGAUCCCUGUGAGCCGAGCUCAGGUGGGUUAGCUAACCCAACAGGCCCGGCAGUGAAGGGCUACCCAGGUCCAUCGGAGGGGGUGUUCCGUGAGUCAAGCAGUACCACAGGGAUGGUGGUUGGCAUCAUAGCGGCAGCCGCCCUCUGUAUCCUCAUCCUGCUCUACGCCAUGUACAAAUACCGCAACCGGGACGAGGGAUCUUACCAUGUAGACGAGAGCCGUAAUUACAUCAGUAACACAUCGCAGUCCAACGGGACAUUGGUGAAGGACAAACCGCCGAACGCAGCCAAGACCUCCUUUAAGAGCAAGAAGAAUAAGGACAAGGAGUAUUACGUGUGAUCCUUACUGUCUCUGGUCUUCACCACUGGCCCGACAAACGUUUUGACUCGAGAAGACCAAUCAGGAGAUCAGAAGACCACUAAAAAGUGUAUAAUAAUGAACAAACGAAAUUCAACAAAAACUACAAAAUAACAUUUUGUCUUUCAUUUUCCUCAAGACAUGGUGGGAUGGUGUUAUACCCGAAUGCCAAAUGGGCUAAAAAAUAAAACAGAACAUCGUCCUUUAGAUUCUUAAAACCAACAAACUGGGCUUUAGGAAAUAGCACCAGAGAGAUAGAGGUACUCUAUUGGACUAUACUGAAGAGGGUUUGGAACUGCAGAAUAAUCAACAGGAGUACCUAUACAUCUUAAACCAACAAACAAUCCAACCAAUUGUUCAGUUUUAUUCAGUUUAUUACCAGGAUAUUGGUUGUCCAAACGGGAGAAGAGAGAUGCAAACGGGCGAAGAGAGGUAUACAAUUGAGGAAGAUAUAUUACAACUAUAAACUCCAAUGUUUAAUUUACAUAUCCUGUGUUUGUGUUAACUGGGAACUUUUCUACGAGAAAAUACUUAAAACGCACAAAUGAGGUAAAUAAAGAAAACCCAACACCAAACAUGUGCAACAACAGAUAACGAGUGAAUAGAAAAGAGAUGGCAUAAUGGGAAGGCAAGGUAACAGUGAAGAAGGAAGUGAAAGGAUAUAUAUGCUACCUACUGUAUGUUUGACUAAUCAGCCAAAGUAUUUGCACUUUUUAUGGUGGCAAUGAUGGCCAAAACACAGAAUAAAGGAACAUUUGGCUGCCUGAUCUAUUAACAGUGCAAAGACAAAAUGGCCUCCGAUUAAUCUUGAUCUAGAGAGACUUAUGUCAAGUUAUGAUUAAGAUUCAUCUUAGCCAUUUAAGAAAUCAUGAUGUCUUAGAUUCCACACUGUUGUUGAAAACUAAGGCAAAGUGUUUUACAGAAUUCUGGAAGGAGAAGUCUGAAUGUUCUGAAUGCGAUCAUUCUGAUACUGGAACACUCCAUGCACGCAAAACGUAUCUUAUUACAGUACAUGUUUAUAUACAGUACAACCACAUCUAUAUGUGCUUUCUGGACAGUGACAAAGUGGUGUUUUACAGCCUGUUGUAUAGAUGACCACGCAAGCUAUAUCUGCUCCUCCUCCAACCAUUUUUGGAAUAAAAAACAAAUAAAAAAAUGACAAAAAUAUCAAAUUAAAUGUUACUAAGUGUUGCUAGAUAUAGAAGAUUUUAUGAUGAUCGGCAUUUACUUUUCUUUUCAGUUGGAUUCUUUAUUCCCCCAUUAAACAUCUGUUUAGUUUUUAUACAAAUGCCAACCUGAUCUAAUAGAUAUAUUGACCCCGCCCAGUAGUAGCCUGACCUUCCUCAAACUGUACAAGGUAAUGAUAGUGGACAGUAGAGACCUGGCAUGAUGAUAUGCAGGAUGAGGUCAUGUCUCCAGGGUAUCACAAACUUUCUCCCCAUUCCUGCUCCUUCCCAGUUCCUGGGGCAGUAACAGUAACGGAUGGCCUUCCUCCCUAUACCUGCCCCCCAAACUAAACCUAGCUAUGUACGAAUGAAGACGUAUACUACUGAUGAUGUUGCUGUAUGUGUUCCUAUAAGUGGUCCUAUAACAUGAUUGUUUAGUGUAUGCUUGGGCUGAUGCAAAACAUCUGAAGAAGAAAUAGGAAGAGAUAAUUUCAACCGUUUGUGUUUUUGUCAUUCUACUGUCAGCUCUGUUCUGCUGUCCUGGUGACCUGAUGGACUUGGAAUGAGUGCUACUAUGACCUAGAAAUAAUGAGGACUAUUAUAAAUUCUUUGAUUGUUCAUUUCUUUUUAAUUUCUACAUGUGCUAUUUUUUUCUACAGUAUUUUAUGUUCAAAAUGUGACAAUGUCUUUAUUAUUGACCUCAGUAACAUUUAUUAUGAAAAAAGUAGUUUUGAAAAAUGAAAUGAAUAAAUGAAAUAAAAUGUUACCUAAGUGAA